GUGGAAGGCAGCCUAAAUAGAACAGGAUAGUAUUUUAGAGGCCAGCUGACAGAACAGAGGCCUUCUGCUGCUUAGUGACAUGGAGAGAUUGGAGCAAACUCUGUUCCGCCUGGAACAAGGCUUUGAGCUGCAGUUCCGUCUUGGCCCUACCCUCCAAGGUAAGGAGGUCCAGGUCUACACCAACUAUCCUGCCAAAGGCCACAAGUUUGAUCGCCAGAAGUUCCAUCCUUUGGACUGGGUCUAUCCAAAUGGCCAGGAUGAUGACUGUGAUAAAUACUGCAGACUUGACUUAAUGGUGUCUGGAUCCUACCAGUACUACUUCUCUUGUGGUGAUAAAGAGAAAGUGAGUGGUGGUUACAUUGUUGUUGAUCCAGUGCUGAGGGUGGGAGCCAGCAAUGACAUUCUCCCACUGGACUGCAUCAGCAGUCAAAAAUACUUUGCCAAGUGCCUUGGCCCACUCGACAAAUGGCUGAACAAGAUCAGGGUCGCAAAGGAAACUGGCUACAACAUGAUCCACUUUACCCCGCUGCAGAAGCUUGGUGUGUCUGGCACCUGCCACUCCAUCACUGAUCAGCUGGAGUUAAACCCUGACUUCUCACCUGAUGGGAAGCCCUGUGCCUGGAGAGAUAUUGGUGAUCUGGUGGAGAUGCUGAGGAAAGAGUGGAACAUGGUCUGCAUCACUGAUAUGGUCUAUAACCACACAGCUGUUGACAGUGAGUGGAUUCACCUCCAUCCUGAAUGUGGUUACAACCUGGUAAAUGCUCCUUAUCUGAAACCAGCGUGGCUUCUGGACAGAGCUCUGUGGCACCUCAGCUGUGAGGUGGCUGAUGGAAAAUAUACUGAACAAGGAGUACCAGCACUCAUUCAAGAUGAGCAGCACAUAAGCGCUCUGCACUGCGUAUUGUGGCAGCAGGUCUUCUCCAGGCUCAGGCUGUGGGAGUUCCUGCAGGUCAGUGUGGAUGUAGCCGUGGAGCAGUUCAGACAGCUGCUGCAGGCUGGUAAUUUAGGUGUCAGGUCCAGGCCUAGCCCAGAGUGUAAGAAGCAGCUAAAGAUGGUUCAAGACCCUCAGCACCGACGCUUUGGAAACACAGUGGACAUGAACUCCGCCCUGGACAUAUUCAUACCUCACAGUAACAGUAUGAGCCCAUCAGCCAUCCAGGACUGUUGCAACUGUUUCAGAAAGAAACUGGAGGAGCUGAACUUGGAGCUGUAUGAAGAGAUGAACCUCCAUUCAGAGCAGGCAACUAACUGCAUUGUGGCAAGUGUAAUUUAUGAGCGUCUUGCUGAAGAGGGGCCUAAACUGGGUCCAGUCACAAGGAGAUACCCGCUCUGUCCCAGGUAUUUCACCUUUCCAUUUGAAGAAAUGACCAUUGAUGAGGAAAUUGAGCUGAUGGAGCGGAGGGAGAAAGCAUGUUACUUCUUUGCCCAUGAUGGUUUUCUGAAAGGAAAUGAUCUGCUAAGGGACUUUGCCGAACCAGGCUCAGAAGUCUACUUGCGGAGAGAACUGGUCUGUCAAGACAGCACUAUCAAGCUUCGUUAUGGAGAGAAACCAGAGGACUGUCCCUACCUGUGGACUCACAUGAAGGCAUACACAGAGAUUACAGCCAAGGUCUUCUCUGGCAUAUUCCUGGUCAACUGCCUCUCCACCCCUCUGCAUGUGACUGAGGCGAUGCUUGCAGCAGCCAGAGCCAUCAAGCCUAACCUCUAUGUGAUGGCUGAGCUCUUUACCAGCAGUCAGCUUAUUGACAAUGUGUUUGUAAACCGCCUGGGAAUCACCAGUUUGAUGCGAGAUGCUGUAGGUGCUGCAGACAGUCAGGAGGAGGGGCGCUGGCUGUCUUGGUUUGGUAGGGAACCUGUAGGUGCCUUCUUUCAGCCCAGCCUUCAGCCUCUGGUCCCAGCUGUUGCUCAUACCAUGUUCGUGGACAUCAGCCCCAACAACCACCGUCCCACCCAGGAGUUUUCAGUUUAUGACUUCCUGCCCAACUCUACCCUGGUUUCCAUGGCCUGUUGUGCUACAGGCAGCACCAGAGGGUAUGAUGAGCUGCUUCCUUAUCAGGUCUUAGAAGAUCAUCUGUACACUUCCUGGAACUCUGAUGCCAAAACAAAUGACCAGGUCAACCUGCAGACUGGAAUCCUGGCUGGCAAGUUGGCACUGAACAGGCUUCACCAGGAGCUGGCUGCUGGGGGCUUUACCCAGGUGUAUAUGGAACAGCUGGGUGAGGAAAUGAUUGCAGUGACCAGACAUUGUCCCAGCAACCACCAGUCUGUGGUAGCUGUGCUACAAAGGCUGGUCAAGAAUUCAGAGAGACACCAUUAUACAAAUGAUGUUCCACCGAUGUUCAUACCAGGUCAGGUUAAAGAAGUGGUGUUGGAAGCUCUGACCAUUGUGAGCAACACCAACAGAAAAGAUGACAAAAACAAGAGUGGCCUUCCAGUGUGCACUGUAGAGAUCAAAGAACACAUUCAACUAAAGGACAGUAAGCUGGUGAAAAGGAUAGACAUGGUGACAAAAGACAACAGUGUUGUUCAAGAGAUUGUGUUUGAGAAGUUCCCAUCAGGCUGCAUCAUCAUCUUUAGGGUGACUCCAGAGCCCAGGUCCCAGGAGCAGCUUGGGGCUCUGCGACGCCACUUGGUCCAGUUUAGUUCUCAGUACCAGACUGGCAGCCUGGCUGAACACAGCACUCCAUCUAUUCUCACCAAGCCACUGAUGAUCAUCAUGUCCAGACUGACACUGGCUGACAUGAAUAUGCUACUGUACCGCUGUGAUGCUGAGGAGAGAGCGGAUGGGGGAGGAUGCUACAACAUUCCUUCUUGGUUACCUCUCAACUAUGGAGGUUUGCAAGGGAUGAUGUCGGUGAUGGCAGAGAUCCGUCCUAAGAAUGAUCUUGGACAUCUGUUCUGUGACAACCUGAGGCAAGGAGACUGGAUGAUGGAUUAUGUCUCCAAAAGACUUUUGGCCAAAGGUGGAGCAUUGGGAGAGGUGGGCCAGUGGUUCCAGGCCAUGUUCAGCUAUUUGAGGCACAUCCCCCGCUACCUUGUGCCUUGCUACUUUGAUGCCAUCAUCCAGGGCGUCUACAUUACCGCUCUGGAGGCUGUUUUCAAGCACAUGUCAAGCUUUGUGCAGAAUGGUUCCAGUCUCGUUAAACAGCUAGCACUGGGUUCAGUGCAGAUGUGUGGCGUGGGUUACAGCUGGGCCCUGCCCGCCCUUUCUCCUCACCUUAAAGAUGUCACAUACUGCCUUGAUGAAGUCACUAACCAGCAGGAGCAAUGCUUUGUGUCGCUGGCAGCAGGUCUUCCUCACUUCUGUGCUGGGUUAUUCCGUUGUUGGGGUCGUGACACAUUCAUUUCCCUGAGAGGACUGCUCUUGCUGACUGGCAGACACCUGGAGGCUCGGAACAUUAUCCUGGCAUUUGCGGGAACACUGCGUUAUGGCCUGAUCCCCAACCUGCUAGGCGAGGGUGGCAGUGCACGCUACAACUCCAGGGAUGCUGUGUGGUGGUGGCUGCAGUGUAUCCAGGAGUACUGCACAAUGGUACCUAGUGGCCUUUCCAUCCUUGAGUGUCCUGUCUCCAGAAUGUACCCCAACGACAUGUCUGAGCCUCAGUUUGGUGGAGCCUCGGAUCAGCCACUGUAUGAUGUGAUCCAGGAGUCCAUGCAGAGGCACAUGCAGGGUAUACGGUUCAGAGAGACCAUCGCUGGACUACAGUUAGAUUGCAACAUGACUGAGGAAGGUUUCAAUGUAGAGGCUGGAGUGGACCAAACCACUGGCUUCAUCUAUGGAGGAAAUCGUUUCAACUGUGGAACUUGGAUGGACAAGAUGGGUGAGAGUGAGAAGGCACACAACAAGGGAAUCCCUGCUACACCCAGGGAUGGCUCUGCAGUGGAGAUAGUGGGCCUGUGUAAGUCUACUGUACGCUGGCUUGUGAAGCUUCACAACAGUGGGCACUUCCCCUAUGCAGCAGUCAGUAUUUGCAGAGAAGGACAGACAUAUUCUGUGUCAUAUGUGGAGUGGGAUCGUAAGAUCCAGGAAAACUUUGAGAAGAAGUUCUAUAUUUCCCAUGACUCCCAGGACUCUGAGGAGAAACACCCAGAGCUGGUCCACAAAAGAGGCAUCUACAAGGACAGUUUUGGGGCUUCCAGCCCCUGGUGUGACUACCAGCUCCGGCCCAACUUCCCUAUUGCCAUGAUAGUGGCUCCUGAGCUGUUCACUGUGGAGAAAGCCUGGGAGGCUCUGAGUGUAGCUGAGAGGAAGCUGCUGGGACCCCUGGGAAUGAAGACCUUGGACCCUGAUGACAUGGUGUAUUGUGGCGUCUAUGACAAAAACAUGGAUAAUGAUAACUUCAACCAAGCUAAGGGUUUCAACUAUCAUCAAGGCCCAGAAUGGCUGUGGCCUGUCAGCUACCUCCUGCGUGCCAGACUUUACUUUGCCAAGAAAAUGGGGAAGGAGACAUAUGAGAAAACUGUUAACCUGGUGAAAAGUAUUCUGUCUCAUCAUGCUGUCCAGUUGGAGAGGUCACCUUGGAAGGGUCUCCCUGGGCUGACCAAUGAGAAUGGCCAGUACUGCCCCUUCAGCUGUGAAAGUCAAGCCUCAUCCAUUGCAACCAUCCUGGAAGUUCUGUAUGAUGUUUGACUGCCACAAAUGCCUGCCUGGAAAACAUCAUAAACAAUGACGCCCACCUGCCACACAAACGCAUAGCCUGAUCAAAGCCUACUGUCAGUCAAUCAUGUGAGAUUUGUUAUUUCCUACUGCACAACUCUGUGUUUGCUUGAGGGUAGGAUGUAGGUUUGAGUAUCAAGAACCACUCCAGGAUCUGAACCUUUACAAAUUUAAAAGAGUUCAA